GACACAAAAAAAACUUAACUCUCGUGUUCUUUGCCAAUGGUGGCUUCACUCCACCACAUAGAUAUGACCGUUGAGACUCAAAAACAUAUAAGGACCACUUUAUAAUUAGUACAUGUAUAAAGCCCAUAGAUCGUCCUUAUCGCAAUUUGCUUAGUCCGACCAUUUUCGUUCUCACCACACUCUAAUAUGGCGCCGCAACUCAGAUCUCUUACUUGUUCCCUUAGUUAUCUCCUUUCAGUUUCUCUUUUAUUCUUUAUAUUCCACUGCUUAUGCUUUCGUUUUUCAUUUGUUGCAGCUUGUUCAAACUCCACCGAAGAACAACACCAUCGCCACCGGAAAUGGGUGGGUCCCUCAGGUCACAAAGUCAUCACCGUCUCUCUUAACGGACACGCUCAGUUUCGCUCCGUACAAGGUGCUGUGGACUCCAUACCAAAGAACAAUAACAUGAGUAUUGUUAUCAAGAUUGCUCCCGGAUAUUACCGAGAGAAAGUGGUGGUUCCAGCUACAAAACCGUACAUAACGUUUAAAGGAGCGGGUCGAGACGUGACGGUUAUAGAGUGGCACGAUCGUGCCUCCGACCGUGGUCCUGACGGUCAACAAUUACGUACCUAUCAAACUGCUUCCGUCACAGUCUACGCUAAUCAUUUCUCCGCUAGAAACAUUAGCUUCACGAAUACUGCGCCGGCGCCAAUGCCGGGAAUGCAAGGGUGGCAGGCGGUGGCCUUUAGGAUCUCUGGCGACAAAGCUUACUUUUCCGGCUGCGGAUUCUACGGUGCUCAAGACACUUUAUGCGACGAUGCUGGACGUCAUUACUUCAAGGAGUGUUACAUUGAAGGCUCUAUCGACUUUAUUUUCGGUAACGGCCGCUCCAUGUAUAAAGAUUGUGAGUUGCAUUCGAUAGCCUCGAGGUUCGGGUCGAUAGCGGCGCACGGUAGGACAUGCCCGGAGGAGAAAACGGGUUUCACGUUCGUUGGUUGUCGGGUUACGGGGACGGGUCCUUUAUACGUGGGCCGCGCCAUGGGCCAAUAUUCACGGAUCGUUUAUGCGUACACCUACUUCGACGCUCUUGUUGCUCAUGGUGGCUGGGACGAUUGGGAUCAUAAAUCCAAUAAAAGCAAGACGGCGUUUUUCGGAGUGUACAAUUGCUAUGGGCCAGGAGCAGCAGCGACGACGACAGGAGUAUCAUGGGCCAGAGCUUUGGACUAUGAGUCCGCUCAUCCUUUUAUAGCAAAGAGCUUUGUCAAUGGGAGACAUUGGAUCGCUCCUCGAGAUGCUUAAGCCAACUUCGGAUGUUUGUCACUACACUACCCGUUUUCCUUCUCCUUAGCUUAGUUACAUUCUUUUAUUAAUUUCAUUAUUGUCAUUUAUUUGUAAUACAUGUCCGAGAUUCUUGUCAAAAUGUGUGAACUUAUUAUAUUUAUAAAGAAAACAUGUGGCUGAUAUAUUAGAAUAA